GUACAGGGCAUUUACUACAUCACAAGAAACGUGUUAAAUGGUCUCACUCUCACAAUAAAACCAGGUGAAACGGUUGCAUUGGUCGGACACAGUGGUUGUGGAAAAUCCACUUCCGUUGGCCUUAUCACCAGACUUUACGAGGCAGAAGCUGGAACGGUGAAAAUCGAUGGAAAUGAUGUGCGCACGGUAAAUUUAGAAUGGCUUAGAAAUACGGUUGGCAUCGUCCAGCAAGAGCCUAUGCUGUUCAAUGGAACUAUAGAGGAAAAUCUACGAGUGGGAAGUCCAGGAAUUCAGAGAAACGAGAUGAUUCAAGUGUGCAAGUUAGCUAAUGCACAUGAUUUCAUCAUGAAACUACCUAACGGCUACUCUACUAUGAUCGGUGACGGUGCCGUACAGUUAUCAGGUGGUCAGAAACAACGCAUUGCAAUAGCGCGUACGUUAGCAAGAAAUCCACGAAUUCUGCUUCUUGAUGAGGCCACUUCGGCUCUCGACGCGAAUAGUGAGAGCAUCGUGCAGGUGAGAUUCUUUCUGAGUACUUGCUUAUACCAAAAAGAUUUGAAGACAUCACCCAGAGUAAGUUAGGA